CGCCUUUUACCAUUUAAAUCUGAGCAUGAUGAUGGACUGGGACAUUAGAGUGUCAAUGUGGGUUCGUGUGCUGCAUGUUCAUCAUCCUCUCGCUCGCCUCUGACAAGGAAUCUGGAAUGUACACGAAUCACAUGAAGGACACGAACAACAACUACAGCAAGUCUCUUCUCAAUGACCAGAAGGAGAAGCUCAUCCAGGCGAUUAAGAAGAUUAAGCACGAAGUUGAUGAAUGCCAUGAAGCAGAGAAAGAGACUUUUGCAGAUGCAGUCACUGUGGAGAGACAGUUUGAGGACAUGGAGCGGGAAAUCCGAGCAGAGUUCCAGAACCUUCACAACUUCCUGGACGAGGAGGAAGAGAGAGACCUGGAAAGGCUGAGCAAGGAGAGGGAUAGGCGAGUGAAAAUGCUGAAGGAGAGAGAGAGGAAGAUUGCAGGGCAGGGCCGAGACCUGGAAAGGGCCAUCGAGACUCUGAACGCCAAACUAACAGAAGAUGACAGCCCCAAACUCCUUAAGGAAAUCAAAGAACUCCUAAAGAGGUGUGAAGUAAAUUUUGUCAGGCCAGCAAUGGUGGACAGUGAGAUUUGCACAGGACAGUUUGUGGGUCCUGUUCAGUACAGAAUCUGGAAGCACAUGAAGGCUUGUCUCUACCCAAACAUAUCAUCGUUGACCUUUGACCCUGAAACUGCUCACCCGCUUCUGACCCUGUCUGCCAACAACUCAACGGUGCAUUUCGACGAAAAGAAGGAACCCGUUGCAGAUCAAAACAAGAAACGUUUCCACUAUUACUACUGCUUAAUGGGUCAAGAAGGCUUCAUGCACGGUCGCCAUUACUGGGAGGUGGAGGUGCGAGGCAAGACGGCAUGGCGGGUGGGCGUGGCCAGAGAAGAUGUGUGCCGCGGUGAGAUGGACUCAUCCACCACAGCGAAUGGACUGUGGACGCUGGCACUGAAGAACGGCUCAAUCGUGGCCUGCACUGACCCCAAGCCCACGCUGAUACGUAGAGCCACUCUUCCCAGCCGCAUUGGCGUCUUCUUGGACUGCGACGGCGAGGAAGUCUCAUUCUACGACGCUCUUACCAUGGCACCCAUCUUUUCCAUCUCCAUGGAUUCCAUUCUCGUCCCCAUUUACCCGUUCUACAACCCUUGCGACUCAGAUGACGGGAAGAACCUCGAUCCUAUUUCCAUCUUCUAUCCUUCGCUCUGACAGAAAGAUUGAGCAGAUGGACUUUCUCUUACUAAGUUCAAGAAUUUAGAACUUAGAAGUGGAUUUUGCAAAAAGUGUACACAACAAGAAACUCAAAAAUAGCUGUUGCUAUGUUGGAUGUUAGAAUUUCUUUUUCUUCUUUCUAAUAAUAGUGUAUGUGCAAGAAAUAUUUAUUGUCUGUCAGGUAUUUUCAUGCAAAAUAAACAUGUGAAAAUAAA